AUGAUUCCGUCAACAGUCCCCCAAAAAAAAGAAACAGCAGUUUCUUUGUCCCAGACAUCUGAUGCGAAGAGUCUUCUUGAAAUGGAACCUAAUCCAUUUGAAAUGUCGUUCAAGGAACGCGAAUCCUCUGUUGCUGCUGCAGCAGCAGCAGCUGUGGCAAUAACACAAAAUAAAAAUUCAUUGACUAAUCAAAAUGGGAUAGCUACCUCUUCAUUAUCCAAACCGGUUUCUUCAGCUGUCCCUUUAACAAAUACUACGAGUAGUACUUCUAGUCAAACUAAUGUUAUAUCGCCGACUUUAUUUUCAGGUUCUCAAUUUUUAACUCCGGGUGGUAGACGAAUGCUGCCUCCAAUGUCUGCCAUUUCAUCUCCAUCCUCGUUGCUUCCUAAUGGCACUAUAAGUCCUGUUUGGACUGAAUCACUGCGUUCUGGCCCCCUUUCUCCUGCAAUGCUUCAAGGCCCUCAACACCAACAGCAAAUUCAACAUAUUCAAUCGCAACCACAGCCACAACCACAACCGCAACCACAACCGCAACCGCAACCAAAUCCACAACCACAACCGCAAACGCAACCGCAAACGCAACCGCAAACGCAAACGCAACCUCAACCUCAAACUCAACCGCAGUCGCAGUCGCAACCGCAACCGCAACCGCAACGACAAAAUAAUUCUCAACAUCAUUUGAAAUCUACAUCCAAUUCUUCUGCCACAUCGUCUUUAUCAUUACUUAGUUUGGCCAAUGCUACUAGCGUUGCUGCUCCGGCAUCUUCUGCUCCCAUUAAUUCUUCUUUUCAAUCGACAUCAAGUUCUCGCCCUGGCCCUCUUUCACCAUUCCCUAAUAGCUUAUCUAAUUCGCUUCUUCAAACGGAUGUCCCGCUUUUUUCUACCCCAGGCCCGGCCACAGCAGCCAUUCUCUCCUCUCUUGGAGGUGAUAUAAUUAACGGGUCGACCGGUGUUACUCCCCUUGGUUUCAAGGUUUCUACUGGAGGUGCAUCGGGUGGGGCUUCUAUGAUUCCGACUCUGUUACCCACAGGUUCUCAACCUAUUCCAAAUGGCGUGAACAAUAAGCCAACAUCUGUUGCUCCAUCUAUAGCGCUUCCUAGUUCUUCGACAACUACUACAGAAAACAUUUUUUCAAAUCCAGCUACAACUAACAUUGAUACCAUUACCGGAAAUAAUGUUGCUCAGUUACCUGUACCACAUAUUCAUUCUUCUUAUAAUGGAUCUGUGGAUGCUGCUAACUCUUUGUAUUUGAUGAGUAAGAGUGGUGUGAUACCUUCUCAACCGUCUCAAACUAAGCUUAAUUCGCAUCAACAAUCACAAACAACUCAAGGACUUUCUAGUGACUUUAUUUCUAUUCAUCCAGCUUCCCAAGAGCAAACAAAAAAACAAUUUACUCCAAUUUCAGCGUCCAAAACUAUUACCUCGCCUAUAUUAAACCAACAAGCAAUUAAUAACUCUCAAUUAACAACUAACUUAUCCGACAGCAUUAAAGGAAAUAAUGCUAAUGAUAUCAAAGUAGAACCGUCCGUUUCAGAUGUUAUUACAUCUCCUGCUUUGAAUCCUCAAAAUCCUAAAAAAAAUAAUUCAAAAAGCACUAAUCGAUCUAAGAGGAAGCGAAGCAAUAGCUCCGAUUUUCCUUUGACUGAUCAAGCCCAUAAUGUUAAAAAAGAAUGUUUUGAGACUUUGCCUAUACCUGAAAAUAAAUCAGACCUGGAAAAGUCAAAGAUAUUUGAUGACAGUUUAUCUGCUUCACCUCCAUCCUUAUCACCUUCAAAUACCAAACAUGAAAAAAAGAAAAUGUCUGCAGAAGAAAAAAGAAAAUCGUUUUUAGAACGCAAUAGAAUUGCAGCACUAAAGUGUCGUCAGCGGAAAAAGCAAUGGAUGGAAGAUUUGCAAGAGAAAGUUGAAACUUAUACAAUAGAGAAUAACAGUUUAAAAAAACAGCUUAAUUCUGCUUUUGAUGAAAUAAGAAAUCUUAGAACAUUGCUUCUUCAGCAUAAGGAUUGUUCGUUAGGUCUUUCCCCAGAACUGUUAUCAAAAUUGCUUGCCCCAAUCACCUCUUCAAUUGAAGAUAGUAGCAAAAAAAAUAUUGAAAAUUCUAAUAAACCUCCUUUAAAAGCGGGAACAGAGUCUCAAAAUUCUGUUUCAAGUUAUACACAAGACCGCUCUCAUGGGAUCUCUCAACAGUCAAAGGCCAUACAUGCAACUGAAAAUCCUAUUGGUAUAAAUUUAUCCGGUAUUAUACCAACCCAAAGCAUCGCAUCUGGAAUUCAGCAACCUCAUCCACAUUCAAACCAACAAGGUUAUCGGUUUUAG